GCGUUUUGAAAUCAAUAGGCAAACAAGGACAGAUGGGUUUUAUUUAGUUUAAACAUAUCGGAUAUAUAAAUCUGCUGGUUUUACAUUUAUUUAUUUUAUUUUAUUUUUUUGAUUGUUGAGUUUUGAGCGUUGAGCGCGAGUGCAAAACGGCGAAAGCGAAAUGCCUUUUUAUACCCUCAAAGUCAAAUACGAGAACCCCAGAGCCUACGAGCAAUUCGGGAGGGAUAUCCAGAACACAGUAAAAGCCAAGUACGGCGAAAAAGGCGCUUGGGAUUUCAAGCAGCUUAUCGCGGAGCCGGGUUCGUUUCCGCCGACGCAGUUUACUAUCUUCGAAGUGCCAGAGGACGUUUCGUUGGGUGAAUUAUUGGGGGUUAAGUUGGGGGAGGGUGUUUCUACUGAUAUUGAGGGGAUUUGAGUGGUGUUGAUAUUGUAUAUUCGAAUGAGAAGAAAUUAGUGAGGGAUGGGGGUGUAGGAUAGGAUAAUACUACCGGUUC